AUGAAAGGAUCGAAUGACUACAAGAAAGCCGAGGAGUGGCUGUGGUCGGAAGUGAUGGGACAGAAGUUGACCCUUUCCGUUGGAGCAAUAGCAAUGAUGGCAUCUUCAUACGCAAAUCAAGCUGUACCACGCCUCAUGGGAAGGUUGGUGGACCCCAAAACUGACACAAAGCAUCAAAGCAACUCCUUAUUCUCAAACAUCCUUGCUGUUGGGCUGCUUGGUGGUUUAGCUAGCUUCACAAGGACAGUAAUGCUGAAUUCAGCGAAAGAAUUUAUCGCUGCAAACCUUCGGAGGGAAACCUUUGCCAGCCUGAUGAUUCAUCGAAAGCUGGAUUGGUUCCAAGCCCUGCAAAGCUGUAAUGGAAAUAGCGACGAGACGACCACAAGCGAAAAAAGCAACGAAGACAAGGAACUACAGCAAAACAUAGACUCCAUGGUUAAUGAAAAGGAGCUUACACCAGCUGGAGUUGCUGUUUUUCUAAGAGAUGACGUUGAAACAGCUUCGCACACUGUUACAAUAACACUAGCAAACAUGCUGAGGUCCACAAGCUCUUGUGUCUUUGGAACAUACCACAUGCUGUCACUUAACCCAGAGCUUGUCUGCCUCGCAAUCUUAGUCGCACCAGUGGUUGGAUCGAUUGGAUUUCUUUCGAGAAAAUAUUUAAAGCGGGUGCAAUCAAGCCAACAAGAAGCUGCUCUGAGUGCUGCAGCCUUCGUUGAGGAUAAAUUGAAUCAUAUUAUGAUGGUUAGGUUGUCAAAUCGUGAGCAAGAUGAGGUCGUAAACUAUGGGCAAAUUCAGGACGAAAAUGUACAGUUUGGAAUCAAAUCUGCACUCGCUGAUGGCCUAUCAAUGGGAGCGAUGUUUUGUUUGAGUACUUCGGCACUCUGCGGCGUCCUCUUCGCUGGUGGAAAGGCAGUCGAAACGAAGCGAAUGACACAUGGUGACUUAUUAAGUUUCAGCACAUACUCCUUCAUGCUCGCGCUAGGAUCAGCUGGUUUAGCAAGGGCAGUUGGCGAGUACAUGAGAGGUAUGCGGUGCGCUCGGCGCCUGUAUAGUGUUGCCUACCCCUUGGUAGAAAAUGAAGAAGUCGAGAUGACGGCUCGAUGCCAAUCAAUCGAUCCACAGCUUGUCAAAUCAAUUUCAAUGGAGGAGGUUUCGUUCACUUUUCAGAGUCACGAUCGUCUUCUACUUCAAGACGUUUCCAUGGUGCUGCAGCGUGGGAUGGUCGUGGCAAUGACAGGACAGAAUGGAAGUGGGAAAUCAGUAUUGGCAAUGGUUCUUGCGGGACUAUAUUCUCCAAGAAAUGGAAGGAUCGUUGUUGAGAUUGUGUCUCCGUCGGAAGACGAGCCUGUGACUACACGAUAUGACUUUGUCAACGAUAUCGAUCGGUCACACCAAGCUUCGCUUGUGCAAGUAGUACCUCAGCAGCCAGUACUUUUCAACACUUCAAUCAUUGAGAAUGUUCGAUAUAGCUGUCCUGACGCCCCAAGCAACAAGGUAUCUGAAGCUCUGAAGGCGGCAAAUUGCGAUACAUUUGUUUCCAUGUUGGAUGGAGGUGCAGAAUUCAAUGUGGGAAGAAAUGGAUCGAAACUUUCUGGAGGGCAGCGCCAGAGGCUUGGCCUCGCGAGAGCUCUUGUUGCUGAUGCUCCGUUCCUGGUGCUGGACGAACCGGCAUCGGCGCUCGAUUCUGAAGGAGCAACAGCUGUCAACGAUGUCGUCAAAGCUUGUAGAGAACAAAACCGUGGCUUGUUGAUAAUAUCCCAUCGUAUCAAUACAUUGGAGCUUGCGGAUAAGGUUAUUGUUCUCAAGGAGGGUAGGAUUGUUCAGCAUGGAAUGCUAUCUGAUUUGAAGAAUGAAAAAGAAGGAGAGUUGGUUGCAUUGAUGCCAGAGCUUGUUGGAAGAUAG